UACAGGGUAGUAGUAGUACUGUUUGUUUGGAAGCAACGUACACUUUUAGGGCCAUGUGAUUUUCGUUUUCCCCAAAGUGGCAGGCUGCCGGAAAGCUAGCUACAGCCUACAAAUAUAUAUAAUGGGUGGUGGAUGGGUCCGUUUUCUAUCCCACAUAUAUAUGCAAAAACAUAUGAAUCUUGCAUCAUGGAUUCAUGUAUCUCACAUAUGCAAGCCGCAUCAGUAGAAGGUAAUAGUUAAAAAGAGCUCAAAAUAUGGUAUUUCAAUUUCACUAUUUGACAAAAAAAAAAAUCAUGAACUACCACAAAGCAAGGUAGAGAAAAUAGACCAGACCGUCUGAAAAAUCAGAAACCAAACCAGAUUGUAGACCGUUAAAAAUGGUCCGGUCUGGUCCGAUCCAUGAUCCGUAUUAUAUGAUGUUUUGAUUUUUUUGUCUGGUUUGGUCCAAACUGUAGUUUACUGGACCAAACCGUAAAGCUAACCUAGAUAUGCACGCACGUCCAUGCAGCAAUUUGUCUUCUUCCAAUGCGCCUGCCUUUCUCAUUCUCGAAAAUCCUAACCUAAUUGUCUUCCAUUGGGCCAAUGUUCUCGGUUCUGCCAUAUAGAGCCCCCACCUACCAACUCCAUUCAGAUCCAAUUAUUGGGGCCCAAUCCGAGCCUGAAAAGCCCAAACAUUAUCAAACUCGGAGCAAAUAUAUCAACUUGUCGAAGAGUAAAAUCCGAGGCUAAUGUUUCUUCUGUGAACGAACUCCAUCCCGCCCAGUAAAGCUUUCACGACACAUUGCUCUCAAAGUCUCAGCCAUGAGCCAUGGCUAAACUUCCAAUUAACACACUAGAUGGGAUCUGUUUGCACCAGAUAAAACUCCCUCAACUAUGGCUUCAAAUUAUGUAACCUGCAACAACCCAUUUGCCAUCUCUCUGCUUAUGAUUACAAUGUAUGUUCCACAAUCCAUAAGCCAGAUUACAGUUCGAAUGUUGAAACCGGUUCGUACUCUCAGCUUCGUACAUAAGAAAGAUAACACAUUUACAUCUAGUUCAACAGCUACAUGCGGUUGGUUUGGUUGCAAUUAAAUUACAUAACGUAUAGGUACAUAUAAUGUCCACCUAAAAUGAUAAGAGAAACAAAAACAGAUCACCCAAUAUUUGCUCAUUCCCUAAACCAGUUUCCUACCUGUCCAAGCCAAGAACCAGAAAAUUUUGAACAUAAUAGGUGGAUGGAGGAGGGACACAAGGGAUGGGGAAAGGUCUGCAACCCUAAAAUCACAGUUUUCGUCCAAUCGAAGAAUUACAUAUACCAGCUCUCCUAAAGAAAACCGUUUCUCCAGACCUUAAACCACCCCCAAGCCUCUUCCCCGCGAAACAAUAUAUUAAACCGAAACUUGCAGUAGCAAAGUUUGGGAGAGGCAACAGAGCAGAUUACCUUCAUCUUCACAAAAACUCCCUCUGCCAACCCCCCGCCAAAAUUAAUGAGAUGAGUAUAUCUUCUUAUGGUGUCAGGCAUUUAUUUCGGAGUUGCACUGAUGCUCGCGGCUGCAGCUUCUUCUGCUCCAAAACAUGCUCGAACACGACGUCGUCUUCUCCAGUCUCGUCCCUUCCAGUUUGUCCUGGUCCCCACUGGGUGCUGCUGCGUGCGAGCCACGUGGGGAUGAUUCGGAUGUUGAUUCGCAGGACGAUUCGGCUUCGAAAGGAGGGCAAGGACCAUCAUUGCAGGUGCAUAAUGGCAUGGCCACCGAUGGAAAUGGGCUGCAGGUGACUGGGCAGAGGUAUUCUGAAGAUACCACUGCAGCAACCCGGUUCUUACGAAUCUCGGGCACACAAGCUGCUCGCUGGUCGUCGCGAGGGUGAAGCAUGCAAGGGGUGCACAGGCCGAGUGACAUGGAAACCUGCUUCAGUUCUUUUGCUGGGGAGCCUGCUAAUUUGAUGAAUGAGACGAUCCCAUUUCUGCAGAGUGGGCAAGGGACGGACCCAGGUGGGCCAGCUGUUUCUGUUGGCAUGUUGCUAGUUGAGCACAGGUAAAGUGCACAUCUCACACAAAGCUCAUGCCCACAACCUGCACAUACAGAGUUUAGUAAUUAAGAUCAACAGUUAGAAACUUCUGAGCUUCUUCAUUCCGCUGAGGAGCAGACCAUAUUCUUUUAAUGCAAGAUGAGAUAAAGAGGCUACAGAAAU